AUGAAUACCAAGAACCGAUACAGUCUUCACGAUGCACUCAAGAUCAUCACUGGAGAUGACAGUGAGUUUGAGGGAUGUGAAGAUAGCUCAGAUGAAGACCCUGUAGACCCUGAAGACCCUGAUUACACUCCAAGCAACAAAGACAUGGAGAGUGAUGAAUCAAGUGGGUCUGAUGAUUCAGACAGUAGUGAAUCAAAGGAUUUAGAUGAUGUACAGCAACCAAACAUGAACCCCAGUCAGCAAAAUACAACCAUCCAAGGAAAAAAAGAAUUUUCUUGGAGAAAGAAACCUUUUGAAACCCCUGAAUGCACAUUCAAAGGACAAAGUGUCACACCUCCAGAGAAUCUUCAUACUCCACUGGAGUAUUUCAGAAAAUUCAUAACACAAGAAAUGCUUCAGUUACUGAUGGAACAAACAAAUUUGUACAGUGUACAAAAAUCUGAAUCUCACAGAAAUGUUAACACCACUGUUAAAGAGUUGGAAAUAUUGAUUGGUCUUUACCUGCGCAUGGGUCUUUGCCAAUUGCCAGGAAAUCGUGCAUACUGGGAAAAUGACACAAGGUGCCCCAUGGUGGCUGACAACAUGUCACGCAACCGUUUUCAGACCCUGCUGUCUUGUCUACAUUUCACUGACAACACUGAUUUGUCAAACAGGCAAGAAGAGGAUAAGUGUUGGAAGAUCCGUCCAUGGCUUAAUAUGUUUCGCAGACAGUGCCUAGAUAUCACCCCAGAGGAGCACAACUCUAUUGAUGAACAAAUGGUGCCAUUCAGAGGGACAUACAGCCCAAUAAGGCAGUAUGUGAAAGGCAAGCCCCACCCUUGGGGAUUGAAAAUUUGGGGGCGCUGCUCUUCCUCAGGAAUCCUCUGUGAUUUUGUGGUCUAUCAAGGUGGUACUGGGAAGAAAACCUUACUUGGCAUGGGAGGUGAUGUUGUGGUCAAGCUGUGUGAAACACUCCCAUCAAACCAAAAUUACAAAGUAUUUGCUGACAAUUUUUUUUCUUCAGCACCACUGGUGCUCAAGCUUCUUCAGCGAGAGAUCUACUUUGUAGGAACACUCCGUAGCAACCGGUUGGCUGGAUGUCAGCUUGAAGAUGAGAAAGAUCUUGCCAAGAGAGGCAGAGGAUCCUUUGAUGUCAGGGUGGAGAAAGAGGAAAGCAUUGCCAUUGUCAAGUGGUAUGACAACAGGUCUGUUACCCUAAUCUCAUCCUACUGUGCAAUUGAGCCUCAAGACAAAGUACGACGCUGGAGCAAAUCAGGCAAAGCGUUCGUGGAGGUCAACAGGCCACACAUUGUGAACGAGUACAACACAUUCAUGGGGGGAAUAGACCUCCUUGAUGCAUGCGUUGCAAGGUACAAGUACCACAUGAGGUCACGGAGAUGGUACCUCUACCUGUUCUGGCAAACCAUCAUGUUAGGCCUUGUUAAUGCAUGGUUAAUCUACCGCCGUGACUGUAGACUACUUGGUAUCCAAAAGCCACUGAAACAAAGGAGCUUCCAAGCAGAGGUUGCCACUAGCCUGAUUCUUGUCCAGUCACAAAGAGGUCGCCCAUCACGUAAUGCCACACCUCCUCCACCACCACCACCACCACCCAAGAGAGUUCGUGUUGGAGUUCCGGAUGAUGUUCGCAUCGACCAGGUUGCACACUGGCCUGUGAAAUGUGACAAGCGUGGUCGUUGUAAAGUCUGCAAAGUCAAUGCAACCACCACCCUCUGUGAGAAAUGCGAUGUGCGUCUUUGCUUCACUGAGGAAAGAAAUUGUUUCAAACGUUACCAUUCGGCUUAG